CUCCCCCAUUUCAUCGCUUAUGCCCUUCACCGCACUAAAAUUCAUGCUUCAGUAACCUUUGCUGCCCUCGUUCUCCAACAACAACUCAAGGAGUGCUUUCCCACUGCUUGGGGAUCUUUGGGUCACCAUCUUUUCAUAUCCACUUUCAUGCUCGCAUCCAAGGUCAUCUGUGACGACACUUACUCCAACAAAUCCUGGAGUAUUGUAGCCCAGGUUAUA